AGGCAUUAAAGUACUAAAUAUGGCUACUGCUGAUUUUCCAGAGUUGCAAACAGAAAACAGUAAAAGGCUUCCAGAACAUCUCUUAGCUAACUAUAAGAACACUAUCCAUGAGCACAGCCCAUAUUUUUAUUCUUUGGAGAAGAAUCAAGGGAAAAAUAAUGACUUUGCGGACAAUAAUUUUUCAGACCUUUCAGCAAUACUCACAAACAAAAUAGGAAAACAGUUUGGAAGCCCGCCAUCUAUAGACACCAAAGAGAAUGUGUAUUUGUCACCCCUUGUAACACAAAAUCAAGACAAUCGUUUCUACAUGCCAAAACAGCAAAACAUGACCCAGCAAGAUCAGCUGAUGAAACAACAGAUGGAGCAGCUGCAAAUAUUAAUAAAAGAGCAACAAAAAUUGAUUAACCUUAUACAUCCAGGUUUGAAUUUUCCACCUAAAUUGACUUCUCCACUAGUUCCGUUGAUGCCAAAUCAUGUGCCAAAGCACCCCAUUGGUGAAGAAAUGUCUGCAAAUAAUUCUGUAAAGCUUCUCAAUCAAGAAUGUUCCCAAACUGGCUCUGUAUUAGAACAACUUGUUGAAGAGAAUCAUCGUGAUUUCAUGAUGAUCUCUGACAUGGCAAGCAGUUCUACACAGAUUUCUGCUGAAGCUUCUAAAACCCUUUAUCUUGUAGAAAAAGAGAAGAAUGAAGAACCUUCUACACAGACUCCCCUUUCCCCCUUUGGAAUAAGGCUGAAAACUAAAAAUCAUGAAGAGAGACCCCUUAGACCUGGAAUUGGUGUAAAACAAAAAACAUUUGAAGAAUUCGUCGAAGAGCAGCUAAAAGCUGAUUCUGAAUUUGCACAGAAGAAACAAAGUACUGAGAGCACAUUUGAGCGUAAAGCUUCAUUCAGAAAAUCCUUCCUAAAGCGUGGAGAAGGUAUAACCAGAUUUGAAAAAAAGCCCAUCAACAUGGCCAAAGAAGAAAGAAAACACUCGUUACCAAAUGUAUCUAGAAGUGAAAGCUUUGACAGUAAACACCGUAAUUCUUUGCCAAGUAUACAUGGGGAAGUCAAAAGCUGUAAUCUCAGCAAAGAAAAACAAGCAUCUGAGGAAAAUACAAAUAUAACAUUAUCUGAUAUACCUGGUACCUCCGAUAUAAUGCACAGUUUGCAAAGAAAUGACAAAGGCAAAUGCUUGACAGAAGACCAAGAGUUUUCACAUGAUACUUUGCAGCAACAUACUAGAGUUUCCAGUGAAAUGGAGUUACAAUAUUCUAGCUACUACAACCCCACACUUAGCAAAACAGAGACUGCUUUAUCACUGCAUGAAACAAAUAAUGCUCACAAAAUUUCCAUAGCUGCACAGCCUGUGAGUCCAGAAUCUGUUGCAAAUCACGAGGUUAUCAAAGAAGAAAAAGAACCUGAAGAAAAUAAAAAAUUGAAUAGUAAAAAAAAUAGUACUCUCCACAAUGAUUUAUCUCUAGAACUUUUCAAGGAUACUGUCUUGGGCACUAUAAGUGAACAUAACAGUUGCUCUGCUUAUACAACAGAUUCUUCUGUUAAAACUGGGUUCAAGAAAUUGAAUGAUAAAAUUGUGCCAGCAGAUCCACUUGGAGACAUAAUGGAAGAACAAAAAUUUUCUGUUGGUACAGUGCAGCUAAAACGUGUUGAACCACUUAGUGAAACAGACAGUGUGGAAUCAAAUAGUGAUGAUGACCCAAAAUCGCCUUGUUACAAACUUAUAACUCAUGACAUACCCCAGAAACUGAACCAGGGUGACUGCCAUUUAGAUUUGUCUGACCCUGAUUAUGCCAGUGAUGAACCAAGUGGUGAGGAAGAUAAGAAACUUCAUUUGCCACAAAAAAAUAUGUUAAACCAUCAACAUCCAUCAGAGAGCUCCAGUGGUAGUGAGCACUGUAAAGAAACUUUUAGAAGAAGGGGGAACAAAGCAUUCUCGUCAUUUCGAAAACCUUCUUUUCGUCAGUUACGCAUGGUAAGGCAAGAAAAAGAACUGAAUAAAAAAGAAUGUGAUGAUAGCACAAAGCAAUCAGAACCAACUUUCCAGCCAUCUACUUGUGAUCUUGUAGCAAAUCUUUUUCCAGUAUUUAAAAUGAAGGCUGACAUACCAGAAUGUGUGGCACCAUUACAAAAAACAAGUGAAUCACAUAUAGAUAACCCUUUGCUAACAAAGAUGAAAGAAGAACAAGAAAAAGCAAUGGCGUUUCUAAGACAACAAAUUGAACACUUUGAGAAAGUAAAGGCAGAAGAGCUGAAAAAGAUGGAAGAAUUUAAAAGGGAAGAAAUGAAAAAACUCCAAAAAGAGAAAGAAGACUUAGAAAAACAAGCUGCUUUAGCAAAAAGUAUUAAGGAAAGUGAACAAAAUGAAGAGAUUCAGAUGCUAAAGCUGCAGAUUUCAGAACUACAAGGGGAAUUUCAUAGGCAUGAAUCACGUUGGUCUACUACGGAAAACCAACUAAAAACUCAGGUGGAAACAUUGACAAGGGAGAACCAAGAAUUGCGCAAAGAACUCAGAGCUGCUGAUAAUCAGUUUUUAGAGAUGCAGAACUACAAAUCUGAAUCUUUGGUUUCGCAAGCUAUUAUGAGAGGUACCUCUUCUUCCAUGGCUGACCAGAGAAUGGGACGUAAUGAACGUAAAAGUCGAAGCAGUACUCCUGUAGAGAGAAAGACGCUGUAUGACCUAUCUUAUGGGAAGCAACCAUUACCUGAAAACUCUGCUAAAGUUAACAACCUCAUAGAAAGACAUGAUAUAAUAAAACGAACAGGAACAAAUGGAGAUGCAUCAUCUGGUAGUUUUCAAAGCAGAAGCGGAACACCUACAGGCAGAAAGACACCAGUUCGAAGCAGAUUAACUCCGUUUGAACCUGAUAAGGUUACGGUAGUGUCUGCUGUUUCACAUAGGAAAUCACCAAUCCCUGCCUCACACCUCAGUGUAUUUAAGGAAUCCAAAAUAUCUACUCAAAUGAAAGGAAGAUCAUCAUCUUAUUCUGGCAGUUCGGAUGACGCUCCAGUUAGUAUUAUAAAGAAUCAAGAGUUACUGCACUCAUCACAAAGCAGAAACUUGGAAAGACAGGAAAGUGAGACUCCAAAUAUAAGAAAGAUGCAAGUGCAGCAGUCCUGGGAAAAGCAAGGAGUUAACACAAACAAAACAAGGAAACGCAGUGUGACUCCUAAUGGAAGGAAAACUCCUGUGGACUAUACCCAGUGCUCAGAAGUCAAGAGCUCUAAACCACGGUCCAUAUUAUCCAGAAAAUCAUCUAUACAUGUGGGAAACAAAAGUAGUGAAGAUGAGAGUAUCCAGGAAGAAACACAGUAUCCUGAUGGCAAGGUGGAGCAGUUGCUGUCAGAUGGACGUACAGUCAUUAGUUUUUCUAAUGGAACUAAAAAGGAAAUUAGUGCUGAUGGAAAAGCUACAACCGUAUUGUUCUUUAAUGGAGAUGUUAAGAAAAUGAUGCCAGAUCAAAGUGUAGUGUAUUAUUAUGCAGAGGCACAAACAACUCAUACAUCAUACCCUAGUGGUCUGGAAGUUCUACAGUUUCCUAAUAAACAAAUAGAAAAACACCAUCCUGAAGGUGUGAAAGAAAUUAUAUUUCCAGAUCGGACCAUAAAACUUCUUUACAAGGAUGGACGUGAAGAAACAACUUUUCCAGAUGGAACAAUUGUCAAAUUAGAAACGAAUGGAAUGAAAACUGUUAUAUUUCACAAUGGACAGAAAGAGAUUCAUACUGCUCAGUUUAAAAGGAGAGAAUAUCCAGAUGGGACUAUAAAAACUGUGUAUUCUAAUGGUCGACAAGAGACAAAAUAUUCCUCUGGACGUGUUCGGAUAAAAGACCAACAAGGAAAUAUUAUUCUUGAUAAAAAAUAAUGUUAUUGUGCAGUUGUGUAACUAAAUUUGUGUUGUAUCUGAAAUAUUUCCCAUACAACUCGAAAUAUAGCAUAUAUCUUUUGGCUUUGGAAUACAUUUUCCAGAAACAUUGAAAUAUAGUAUAGAUACUUUUGACAACAUUGCCACUAUAACGAAAUAUUAAUUUUAACUUUUAAGAGCAACGGCAGUUAAAUUUAGGGCAAUGUUAUCUGGCAUUUGAACCUGCUGGUUUGACUGAUCAACAUCAUAGCAUUAGUGAACUGUUGCCAUACCUCAGUGCUGCACAGACAAACACGGAUCAUGUAUAUACAGAAUUUUUAAAAAAAUGAUUCAUGUGCCUACUCAUCACUACAUACUAUAAGUAGGGGGUGCCCAAAAUGUAAAAUAGGAUCUACUGGUAGCUCUUGUACUUGUGACCAGUAGAUUAGAAAAGCAGCCAUAUCCCCAUAUAUUUAUUUAGAUGAUAAUUCUAGGGACUUAUUUUAUCCAGAUUUUUUUUUUUUAAACUGACAAUGUGCAAAUAAAGCAGGAAUAUAACUGGGCACCGGUAAAACUGAAACCUCGGCCUUCAACAAUAAUGACAAUUUAAUUAUUUAUUCUCUUUUCAGUUUUGUUACAUAUUUUUCACUUUAAAACUUGUGUCUGGGAGUCCGAGUACUGGCAUUGCCAUAUAAAAGUGUGUCAUACCUAUGAGACUUAGAUAGCGCUGAGGAUAUUAUUGAUACAUAUUUGUACUGUCCUGGAUGGCAGAUACAGAUGUCAGCUUGACAUUUAAGCCUUGUAUAGGGAGGGAACAUUAAAAUUGAACAAUAAAAGAAAGUGUUUACUGAACAUUUUAUUAUGAUACAGAAAUACUUAAUUUGAAGAAAUAAUUUCUACAUAGAUUUUAUAUUUAAAUAAACAUUUAUAUCCUUUAUAUGCAUCAUACUUGUUUACCGCCAAAAUUCAAAUUCAUGGUAGUUUUAAUGUUAAACCAUUUUUUAUAUAUAUUUUUUAUUAUUCUGCUAUGUUUUGUUUCAUCUUAGAGAUUUUGUGGAUGGCUUUGCUAAGCUAAAAUCAUUAUGUCAUGGAUAAAUGUAUUGUAUGAUCAUUUAUUUUGACACAAGGCAUUUGUAAUACAGUCUCAAUGUGUGUGGUUUUAUAAUGCAUUACAAAGUGAUUUGAGUUCCAAAAGUUGUAUGUACUAUAGAAAUAUGGAACUUGAAAAUGUA